CUGAGCUGUGGACAGACAGUGAGACAGGCAGCGGAGAUCAGCUCACAGGCUUUGGAUGAAGAUUAUCACCACAUAACUGCAUUUAAUCAGCCGAAAACCUCAAUUUAUGGCUGAAGAGGUCAGAGGGGAUUUCAAGACAACACAUGAGAAGAGGGAGCUUUUAAAAUGGGAACUGAGUUUUUUCACCAAGUAAAGGAAUAUUAUUUUACAGUGUCUGGGACUAAACUGAUCUAAAAACUGCGUUUUUACUCAGCUGAUAUUUCACUGACUUUAUUCCUUCUAAAGCUUUUUUCUCCUUUUUAAAAAACAAAACAAAACAAAAAACAUAACACUAUGGACCUUUCAGGCUCUUUGCCACCACCCUCUACCUACACCUCCCCUUUUAUCUCCAAUUUCUCUGUGCCUUCCUCCUCUCCUUCCAUCUCUCCAUCACCCAGUUUGGCAUCCACAGUUCUCUUCUGCUCCUUCCUCUCUCUCCUCUCCUUGCUGGGUAUCACAGGAAACCUCUACACUUUGGUCCUCCUUCUGAGGCGCAGGAGAAGAAGCAGGAGAAGAUGUGGAGCAUUACCAGCCUGCUGCCUGACAAGACUACCUUUACCAUCAUGCCUUGCCAACUCCAGCUCUCCUACCUCCUCUACCUCCUCUACCUCCUCCUCCUCUCUUCACCUCCAGGUGCUGAGUCUUGCUCUAGCUGACCUGUUGUACCUUUUCACCGCACCUUUCAUCGUGUAUGACAGCCUGGCAUCUGGCUGGGCCUUUGGCGAGCUUGGAUGCCGCCUCCUGCUGAGCCUGGAUCUCCUCACCAUGCACGCCUCCAUCUUUACUCUCACCGCCAUGAGUUUGGACCGUUACAGGGCUGUUGCUGACCCACUACACACUUCAUCCUCCAACUCCUCCAAGUUGCUGCGUGUAGGCCUCGCCUGGGGGCUAGCGGUGGCUCUCAGCCUGCCCAUGAUGAUCACACUGCACCUGGAAGAUGGGGAUGACCAGGAGGGCCAGCUGUGCGUCCCAGCAUGGGAUGAGGAGAGCUCCAAAGCCUAUCUGAGUGUGCUUUUCUGCACUAGCAUUCUCGGUCCCGGGCUGGCCAUCGGAGCACUUUAUGCAACACUGGGUCGCCUUUACUGGGUGUCACAGACACGACCAGCCUGGGCCACUGACAACAACAAUGCCUGUCCUCCUCGUGCUCCCAAACCCAAAGUCCUGCUCCUCAUCCUGGGGAUUGUCCUGGCCUUUUGGGCCUGCUUUCUUCCCUUCUGGAUCUGGCAGCUGCUGCCUCUCUACAAGCCUGACAUGCUGCGGACAGUCCCAGUGGGCACACAGGUGACAGUGAAUCGUAUCCUCACAGGUCUGACUUACGGAAACUCUUGUGUGAAUCCAUUCUUUUACACACUGUUGACUGGAAAACGAAAAUGCAACCGACAGCUGCUGACAUCAGCAAAUCAGCUGUGCCGCAAAAGCAGCUCUCUGGAGUAG